CUACACUUUUUUUCCAAGUCGCGCGACAGACCACAAAAUUGCGCCCCAAAUGUCGGAUCUAGGUACGGUGGAACACAGUACGGUGGGUGGUCGUUGGUGCCAGCCUCGCCCGUCAAUGCCCAUUCUCGCCGUCGCCGGUGCGAGCACUCAGAAAUCCAACAAUGGGGUAAACCCCUCACCUCACCUCAGAUUAUUGUACUCAUAGAGCAGCUCCCCCAUCAUCAUCUCUACAUAUCGUCCUGCGAUACCCGACCUCAGAGUCCUUCCUCUCCGAACUCAAUUCAUCGAUUGCUCAAGGCAAUCCUGCUUAGCCGUGAAAAUGAACGGCAUACCACCACAAAUCGAAGCCUACAACCAGAAAAUGCGCGAGUCGUUCUACGCAGCCGCAACUCCGCUGAACAUUACCCUCUUCGCUCUCCUGGCUACAUUUGUAUACUUCCGCAUGCGACCAAAAGAACCUCCGAGUCUUCCCAAAGGCCCUGCCCCGAUCGUCUUUCAGACCUAUACGCCGCGUACUCUGCUCAAAUCCAACGGCCAAAACAAUGCACCGGUGUACCUGGCCGUCAGAGGCAAGGUCUACGACGUAAGCAGCGGGCGUAAUUUCUACGGUCCUGGUGGGCCAUACGAAAACUUCGCUGGUAGAGACGCCACAAGGGGCUUGGCUUGCCAGAGUUUCGACGAGGAUAUGCUGACGAAAGACCUCGAUGGGCCAUUGGACACUUGCGAGGACUUGACACCGGAGCAGAUCGAGAAUCUGAACGGAUGGAUCGAGAGAUUUGAUGAGAAGUAUCUUGUGGUUGGCAAACUGAUGGCGUUCAAGAAGACUGACUUCCAUUGACGAGUCAACACGUAAUCAUUAAAGGAUGGAGAAAAUGAUAAA